CGCGGAUCUCGUCAGAGUCUCUGGAAUCAUCCUGGCUUUUCGUACUGUUUUUUUUGCUUAGAACACUCUAGAACCCUGAACCUUGCUCUAUUUAUUCCGAGAUUUCCUUUUUACGACCCCAACAGAGUUGCCGCAAACUGAUAAUCCAACCAAUCAUUUUCUAUCGCUUCACCUAAUUGUUCUUUGUGCAUUUGCCAGAAAUGGAUGACUACUUCGACAUGCCACCUGCUGAGGAGAUGGAAGAUAUGGAUCUGCCUGACGACAAUCCGAUAAUUAAGGUCGGCGAGGAGAAGGAGAUCGGAAAUCAGGGCUUGAAGAAGAAGCUUAUUAAAGAAGGGGAAGGCUUUGAGACUCCUGAUUCCGGGGACGAGGUUGAAGUGCAUUACACUGGCACACUGCUUGAUGGGACUAAGUUCGAUUCCAGCCGAGAUAGAGGCGAUACGUUUGAGUUCACUCUUGGUCAAGGACAAGUAAUUAAAGGAUGGGAUCAUGGUAUCAAAACAAUGAAGAAGGGUGAAAAUGCCAUUUUCACCAUACCUCCUGAGCUUGCCUAUGGAGAGUCUGGUUCUCCCCCUACCAUUCCUCCCAAUGCAACAUUGCAGUUUGAUGUUGAAUUGCUGUCAUGGUCAAGUGUUAAGGAUAUUUGCAAAGAUGGUGGAAUUUUCAAGAAGGUUUUGGCUAAAGGAGAGAAAUGGGAAAACCCUAAAGACCCAGAUGAGGUUUUAGUGAAUUUUGAAGUUCGUCUUGAAGAUGGAACUUUGAUCUCAAAAUCAAAUGGACUGGAGUUCACUGUUGGGGAAGGACAUUUUUGCCCUGCUAUUUCUAGAGCUCUUAAGACCAUGAAGAAGGGAGAGAAGGUGCGGCUCACAGUGAAGCCUCAAUAUGGUUUUGGUGAGAAAGGAAAGCCAGCAUCAGCUGAUGAAGGUGCUGUUCCAGCUAAUGCAACAUUGCUAAUUGAUUUGGAGCUUGUUUCUUGGAAGACAGUUACAAAUGUUACUGAUGAUAAGAAAGUUGUGAAAAAGAUGUUGAAAGAAGGGGAAGGAUACGAGCGCCCCAACGAUGGAACUGUUGUAAAAUUGAAAUUGAUUGGAAAGCUGCAGGACGGUACAGUCUUCAUCAAGAAGGGUCAUGAUGCUGAUAGUGAAGAUCAGCUUUUUGAGUUCAAGACUGAUGAGGAGCAAGUCAUCGAUGGAUUGGACAAAGCUGUCAUGACUAUGAAGAAGGGUGAAGUGGCAUCGCUGACCAUUGCUCCCGAAUACGCGUUUGGUUCAUCGGAGACAAAGCAAGACUUGGCUGUGGUCCCUCCCAACUCCACUGUGUUUUACGAAGUAGAGCUUGUAUCAUUUGUUAAGGAAAAGGAAUCAUGGGAUAUGAAAAAUGAUGAAAAAAUUGAAGCUGCUAUCAGAAAGAAAGAAGAAGGAAACGCUCUUUUCAAAGCUGGAAAAUAUGCAAGAGCCUCAAAGAGAUACGAGAAGGCAGGUAAGUUUGUCGAGUAUGACAGUAGCUUUAGUGAGGAGGAGAAAAAGCAAACCAAGGCUUUGAAAAUAUCAUGCAAUCUGAACAAUGCGGCCUGCAAGUUGAAAUUGAAAGAUUACAAAGAGGCAAUUAAACUAUGCACUAAGGUUCUUGAACUAGAGACUACUAAUGUCAAAGCACUCUACCGAAGGGCACAAGCACAUAUGAACAUGGCUGAUCUUGACCUGGCUGAGUUUGAUAUUAAGAAGGCUCUUGAGAUUGAUCCUGACAAUAGGGAUGUGAAAUUGGAAUACAAAGUGUUGAAGGAGAAAGUAAAAGAGUUCAACAAGAAGGAUGCGAAGUUCUAUGGGAACAUGUUUGCUAAGCUGAACGUAACUAAAGCUACAGUGAAGGAGGCAGAACCCAUGAGCAUCGACAGCAAAGCAUAAUUACAGUGGUCAACAAAAGAGUUGUUCUUCUGUUCUUCAGUUUUUAUAUUUUGUCAAAUGACUUUGUACCUGUUAAUUUUAACGGAAUGUUAUUUAGUUUUGGCAUUCUGCAAGUUGUUACUAUUCACUGCAGCAUGGGUAAUGAAUAACUUCUUCCUCUUUCUGAACAAACACUUAUCGUAAAAGGUACAAAUGUGAUGGUGUUACGGAGUCUAACCAAGCCGGUUCUAAUUUUUACGAGAGAAAAUAAUGACGUUUUAUGCUAAAAUGGAAGUGUGUUCAAAUUGUUAAAUCACAAAAGGAGAACGUAUUUUAUGGAAGACUCUUAUGGUUAUUAUUUACAUAUUUACAUAUAAUCUUAUGGAGACUUCACUAAAA